UGAUCAUGACAUUUGUAAUCUAAAAUAAUAUUAUUACAAUAUAUACCUACAUAAUAUAAUACGCUUACUAUAUUAUCCUAGUGAUUACUUUUAUAGCUGCCUAUCUAAUAUUGUAUCGAAACUAAAUGUUAAACAUAAUGAAAUAUUUGUAGCCAAUAAAAUAGAUAUAAUGAUGCCUACAACAAUAUAUAAAGUCGAUGCUAGUCCACCAGCCCGCGCUGUGUUGAUGGUUGCUGAUCUUCUUGAUAUCAAAUACAAUGCAUGUGAUAUAAAUCCCUUGUUGCGGGAACAAGACACCCCCGAUAUGACCAAGAAAAAUCCUAUGAGAACUGUUCCAUUCAUAGAAGAGGAUGGUUUUUAUUUAGGUGACAGUCAUGCCAUUAUUUUAUAUUUAUUUGAUAAAUAUGGAAAGCCAGAACACUCAUAUCUUUAUCCGACUGAUAAACAGAAAAGAGCUACAAUAAACCAGCGACUUUUCUUUGAUUGUGGGAUUUUGUUUCCCUAUCUAAGAGCAGUAAUGGCACCGACAUAUACAGGAAGACUGACAGAGUUAUCAAGGUCUAUGGUAAGGAAUAUAGAAAAUGGGUAUAGGAUGCUGGAAGCAUAUUUGUCCAAUUCAACAUACUUGGCUGAUGAUGUUAUAACAUUAGCCGAUUUGAGUGUGAUUACAACUAUGUCGACCUUGCAUGGUUUACUUCCUAUAGACAGUAAAAAAUAUCCAAAGUUGAUGAAUUGGUUCGAAAAGAUGUCAGAAAAAGAAAUAUGUAAAAGAAUUAAUCAACCUGGAGCUGACCAACAUGUUGCUGGACUUAAAGCAUUUAUGGAAAAUAAUAAGCUUAAUCAGAAAUCAAAACUAUGAUAUCCCAGAAAUAAAAUACAAAAGAUUUUUAUAACUGUUAUUUUGGCAUAAAAUGAAUUGUAAAAUAGAGUUGUUGCUGAUACUAGAGUAUUAUAUGGAAAGUGGUAUAAAAUAUAAACAACAUAUAUCGUUACGAAUCA